GGUGGACUUAAAGGCCGACAUAACAGCGGUCAACUUAAAGGCCGACCAAACAGCGGUGGACUUAAAGGCCGACAUAACAGAUUUGGACCCAAUUAAUACUGCUUUAAAAACCAGUUCUAUUGGUACAAUUCCCACCUCAUGCGUAGACCUCGCGAAUAUCGGAUUCGUCAAAAGCGGAAUCUACUCCGUCAUGGUCGACAAACAAGUUAAAAACGUCUACUGCGAUUUUACUAAACCCACCAAUGCUGAAGGAUUGGAAAAAUUGAUUGGUACAGUCGACGUGAAAUCAACUCCUACGUAUUUCUACGCCCAACUGACGUCGAGCUAUUCGACUGCCAACAGCGCUGUUCCAUUUGAUUCUGUAAAAAUCAAUGUGGGAAACGCUUUUACCUCUGGCAUUUUCAAAGCCCCCACGAAAGGGAAAUAUUACUUCGCUUUUUCGGGUGUUAAUAAUAGAAUUGCUCCUGCUAACGUACGAGUUGGAUUGGAGGUCCAACCACAAGGGACAACCAAUUGGGACCCUAAAGGAGAAGCUUUCAGUACCGGUGGCACUCAGACCACUCUGACUUUUACCCUUCAUGCUACUUUGGAACUUUCCAAAGACGACCAAGUUAGACUAUUAUUAAAACAAGGGACAAUUUUCGAAAACGGUAAUAGCUUGACUCAUUAUGUGGGUUGGCUUAUAUCGGAGAAUGAAUUACCCGUUUGAAAUUGGCUCCCACCCCUGUCCCAAGUCGAUUUCUCAGCAUUAAAAACAUUACUAGUGAUUUCUCUGUUUGCCCGUCGUCUAUAAUAAAUUGAAAAUGUGAAAUCAAGAAAUAAAAA